AUGGAUCAACCUAAUCCAAAUACUCCCGGUCCAAACCAGCGACCGACUGUGAUUGUAUUUGGUCCAAAUGUUCUCAAACAAGGCCGGAAACGCCCAAUUGAUGUAAUCGAUUUAACCACUUUCGACCAAGACCAACAACAACCAACAGAUGUAGCUGGUCCAAGUGCUCCCAAACGAGGUCAAACACAACCAAUUGAUCAGUCCAGCCCAAGUACUUCCAACCAAAACCAGCAACAGCCAAUGAACAAAAUCGAGCCAGGCAAUACUAGUUCAAAUCAAGUGACUGGAUUGAACAAAAGAGAUCAAAAUACCUUUAAUCGUAUAAAGAAAAGGCUUGUAGAGUAUAAAGAAUUACGAAACAAAAAACGCAAAGAAUAUCAUAAAUCUAUGGCUCUUGGAUUGAAACAAUGGUCAGCGUUAGCAAUGGGAGAAGAUAUAUCUGGAUCAACGUACAAUCCAGACACUGAAAAGAAAGCAAGAGAAGAGUAUGAACAGGCAAGAGAUAGAGUACGCAAUGUCAGACAUAGAUUGAAGGAUUUUAUGAAAAGGCAUGGUUUAGAAUUUGAAGAACCGGGUUUGGAUUUGGAUUGA